UCCAAAUUGUAUUCUUGUUUCUCCGUAGACUAGUCGUACACCAGAGAAAGUUUAUAAAUGCGUAACAUCUUCAGUUAAUAACAUGGAAUUAUUUAUCAAAUACCAAAAAAAAAAACAAGUUGAAAUUGUUGCAAAUGGAUGAAAAUUUGGUCUCUUACGCUGCCAUCUUUUUAGUGAUCUACCUAAUAACCAAAAAAGUGUUUGAUAAAUUUCAGAAACUUCCACCGACACCCUUUCCCACCUUACCAAUCUUGGGACACCUCUACCUAUUGCGAAACCCGGGUCAAAUCCACCGGUGUUUAGCAAAGGUCGCAGACCGCUAUGGUCCAGUGGUCCAACUCUGGCUUGGGUCUCGCCGCACUCUCUUAGUAUCAUCAGCUUCAGCUGCAGAGGACUGCCUUCAACACAACGACAUCAUUUUCGCCAACCGUCCCCGCCUCUUAGGAGGCAAAAUCAUAGCAUAUGAUAACACCACCAUCUUGUGGGCCUCAUAUGGCCCACUAUGGCGCAACCACCGUAGGAUCGCGGCUACUGAGAUAUUAUCCGUUCAACGUCUUCAUCUGCUCGCUGAUGAGGUACGGUCACUGGUUAAGAGAAUCAAUGAUGAAUCAGCAUCAAGUCAAAGUCCAACAGGGGGAAAUGAUGGGGUGGAGAUUAAGCCAGCACUUGUUGAGUUGACGUAUAAUGUGAUGAUGAGGAUGAUAGCAGGGAAGAAAAUGGAGUCAGAGGAAGGCAAGAGAUUUAAGAUGAUAUUAAAGGAGUUGUUGGCAAUUGGUGGUGCUUUUAGUGCAGGAGAUUUUUUCCCAUUUUUUAAGUAUUUGGGUUUGAAUAAGAGAUUUGAGACUAGAUGUAAGGCAGUUUUUCUUAAACUUGAUAAGUUUUUCCAAGAUUUAGUGGAUGAACAACGAGGGAAAUUGGUGGAUGAUGGUAAUAUGAAGAGAAACAACGCCAAGAAGAAGAAUUUGAUUCAGGUUUUGCUUGGACUUCAGGAGACUGACCCUGCUUAUGCUACUGAUGAUAUUAUCAAAGGCCUUGCACAGAUAUUAUUGUUAACGGGGACAGAAACAUCAUCUAGCACAAUGGAAUGGGCGACAACAUUAUUAUUAAUAAAUCCUGAUAUACAUGACAAGGCAAGAAAAGAAAUUGAUGAGAAAGUAGGACAUGAUCGGUUGAUCGAGGAACAAGACCUUCAACAUCUUCCUUACCUACAUUGCAUAAUAAACGAGACACUACGAAUGUUUCCAGUUGCUCCUAUACUACCACCUCACGAGUCUUCAGAAGAUUGUGUAGUUGGAGGCUACAAUAUUCCUAAAGGCACUAUGUUAUUUUUGAACUUAUGGGCCAUUCACAAUGACCCUAAAGUCUGGGACGAACCAAACAAAUUCAAGCCAGAGAGAUUUGAAAAUGUAAAAGGUGAUAGAGUUGGAUAUAAGUUUAUGCCCUUUGGGUCUGGAAGAAGGGCUUGCCCAGGUGAGAACAUGGCGACACGAGUUGUUGGAUUGGCUUUAGGAACGCUUAUACAAUGCUUUGACUGGGAGAGCGCCGAGGAGGAAAUAGACUUGAAAGAAACUGCUGCAGUUAGUAUGUGGAAGGCUAACCCCUUACGAGCUAAGUUUAAGCCUCGCAAACAAAUGAUCGACAUUAUUUCUCAAAUUUGAAUAUAAAUAAAAUGUUGUUAUGAAAUAUUGGGUGGAUGGCCAUUUUAACCUUAGUAUAUUUCCUAAAAAUACUAGAUCUUAGGGUUUAUUAUUCCCAAAGCAAACUCUAUUCUAUUGUAUGUAUAUAUAUAUACCCUAUUGUCCAUGGAAUAAGAUACACAAUCGUUUUCUCCCAA